UGUCAACAUAAUUUGUUUAAGAGAUAUAACAAACUGCUAAAGCAAUUCGGACUCUUCCAAGUGCCGCCCAGGUUGUUAAGAACGAUAAAAUCAAAAAGUGUGCAACACGUUAACUUGCAACAAGGUGAUAAAACAGUAAAUAUUGAGGGAGCCGUGACAUCUACCAUAGGAGACUCAGUCAUGAUCGAUCAAGAAGCUCAAUCCCACGAAUCCGCUCCCGACGGCGAUCUUCAAGUUUCAACGACAGUACAAAAAGAUGCAUCACAAUUGCCCGAAAAACGGAAGACUAUCGAGACAGACAAAUUAGUUGAUGCAAAGAAAGUCAAAUUAGAGACCAAAUCUCCCAAAAAUAAAAAACCGAACUUGACCGAUGAAAAAUAUGACGAGACGUCCUAUUAUUUUGAAAACGGCCUUCGAAAGGUUUAUCCCUAUUUUUUUACGUUCACGACAUUUACAAAGGGUCGUUGGGUUGGCGAGAAAAUCCUAGACGUGUUUGCCCGUGAGUUCCGCGCGCAUCCUGCAGAAGAGUAUCAGCGCAGUAUAGAGACUGGAAAACUAACCGUCAAUUAUGAGAAAGUGCCUUCAGACUAUAGACUCAAGCACAAUGAUCUCCUAUCAAAUGUCGUUCAUAGGCAUGAAGUCCCUGUAAGUCUACAGUCUAUUGCCAUAGUACACAUGGAUGAAGACAUUGUGGUUGUUAACAAGCCGGCUUCAAUACCAGUACAUCCGUGUGGUCGGUAUAGACAUAAUACUGUGGUGUUCAUACUGGCCAAGUCGCACAACCUUAAGAACCUAAGAACUAUACACCGAUUAGAUCGUCUUACAUCUGGCCUACUUAUCUUUGGGCGCACCUCAACAAAAGCUCGUGAAUUGGAACAACAAAUACGAAAUAGACAAGUACAAAAGGAAUAUGUUUGUCGCGUUGAGGGUCGUUUUCCCGAUGGAAUUAUUGAAUGCAAUGAACCUAUUCAAGUUGUCAGCUACAAAAUUGGAGUUUGUAGGGUAUCGCCAAACGGCAAAGACUGCAAGACAACGUUCCAAAGAAUUUCUGAAGUUGGAGACUGCAGCAUUGUUCUGUGUAAACCACUCACCGGACGCAUGCACCAAAUAAGAGUACACCUACAAUAUCUAGGUUAUCCUAUUGUAAAUGAUCCGUUGUACAACCACGAAGUGUUUGGUCCCCUGAAAGGGCGAGGAGGCGACAUCGGAGGAAAAAGUGACGAUCAGCUAAUUAAUAAUCUAAUCAAAAUUCAUAAUGCCGAAAAUUGGUUGGGAAUGGAAGAAGGCGGAAUUUUGCCAAUAGCAAAUCCAAUCAAAUGUGAAGUUAAAAAUUCUAGAGAAAAUGAGAGUUUAACGGAGAUAGAAGCCCAGCAGACAAAAUUAAAAUCAACGGUUGACUCAAUUACAGAUGUUGGUCAUGAAGAGCCAAUAGACCCGUUUGAUCCAACUAAAACAACAUUUGAUCCAUUCUGUCAUGAAUGCAAAGUUAACUAUAGAGAUCCCAAUGCCAAAGAUCUGAUCAUGUACCUGCACGCUUGGAAAUAUAAGGGUGUCGACUGGGACUACAAAACAGAGCUGCCGAAUUGGGCUUGUAAAGAGCUGAUUGAUUAUGAUACACUGUAGAACAAAAGUUGCCAUGGCCUAUCUCGCCGGAAAAAGGAAAUUCUCUUCUGCUGAGUUGAUGACCCUACACUUACAGAAGAAACAAGCUGUAAGCAAGAAAACGUUCGGAUUCGUACCUGUUUUCUAGGCUAUAUAGCCGACCCCUGUAUGCACCAAAUACUACCUGCAUUUUAAAAACAAUAAAAUGUAUAAUUUUGUAUGUGGUGUCCCACAAUGGA